CCUGCCGUGAGAUGCAACCACUCACAAGACGACGAUGCUGCAGCCACCUCCGGGGUGGCGCUCUCUCAAUAUUCAGGAGCGCUCUCCGGCAAUCUCUUAAACCCAGCUCACCAAACACCUUCUACUCUCCUCUUCCCUUUUGGCUCGUUCGACGGAACCACAAUGUAACGAAUGCAGUCAAUGCACCCCAGAACUCACAAAAUGCCGAUGCCAUCGUUGUCGGCGGUGGAGCCGCCGGUAUUGCGGUCGUCGGCAACCUCCUCGAAGUCAUGCCGCAGGGCAGGAUAGUGUGGAUCGACCGGUCGUUCAUGGGCGGUAGCAUCGGCCAACUCUACCGUGAAGUGCCGAGUUACUCCCCGGCGGGCGAUUUCCUGCAGUAUGCUCAAGCCCUCAAACUCUUCCGGGACAUCUGCGACGCGGCGCCAAAGCCCAACGUCAUGACCACACUCCAGAGCCUCGACCCCGAGAUGACCUGUCCGCUCCACCACGCGGCCGACAUGCUCACGUUCAUCUCCGACAACCUAAUCCAACACCCGCGCGUCGAGCCCGUGCUAGGCACCGUCACGCACUCCGUACGCGACCCCAAGGCCCGGCAAUGGACAAUAACCCUCACGCCCAACCACGACAUCGGCACCAUCACCCCCGACCCCCAGCAGCAGCAGCAGGAUCUUUCACAACAACAACAACAACAACAACACCAACACCAACACCUCCACCAACACCUACAACACCCCCCACACUCACAACACCACCCCCAAAAGUACAAACACACCGCCCCGCUGCUAAUCUACUGCACCGGCACCCGCCCCAAGACAACCGACCUCCCCCUCCCCUUAUCCCGCCUGACGCUCGACACCUGCCUGUCGCCGACCCGCCUGUCCCGGCUGCUGGCGGCCGACCGCCCGCGCACGGUCGCCGUCAUCGGGUCCGGGCACGCGGCGGUGCUGGUGCUGCGGGGGUUGGUGGGGUUGGUGGAGGCGGGGUCGCAUCCUUUGUUGAGGGUUCGUUGGUUUGUUCGUGAUGGUAUUGGGCGUGGGAUGGGGGGUGGGUUUGGGGGGAUUGGGGGUGUGGGUAUGGGAGGGGGAGGGGGUGAGGCGGUGCGGUUUGCGCAGGAGAUGCUGGAGGGGGGGUGGCUGGCGGAGGAGGGCGGGCAGCUGGCGGAGGAGGGGGAGCGGCGGGCGGAGGAGGGGGCCGGCAGGUUUAUCACGAGGCUUGUGAUACCACCCAUGGAGGCGGGGCACAGGGCGAUGAAGAAGGGCCUGGAGGGCGUGGACUACGUGGUGGAGGACGCCGGGUUUGUCAGGGGCCGGUUGCCCGAGGUCAGGCCCGGGCUGGGCGUGCUGCAGGGCCCGGUGGGCAAGCCGAAGAAUCUGGUGUUUAACGCGCCGACGGGGUCGUUUUACCCGAAUGGGGGGAGCAGAGACCAUGUGCUGGGGCUGUUUGGCGCGGGAAGCGCGUUCCCGGAUGUGGACCGCUCGGUGGCGGGGUGGGGACAGCCGGCGAUCGGGGUGUGGGAGUUUAUGAAGUCUGUGCAGCGGAUGGUGCCGAGGUGGGUGCAGGUGUCAAAGACAAGGCAUGUGGUGAAGAGGGAUGAUCGAGACUGGGGGGGUAGGGGGAAGAAGUUCCGUGAGUCUAGGUACUUUUAGGCGUAUGCGUGAGGUAGGAUCGGAGUGUAAACUACCUGUAUUAUAUUAGUACUAUUGGAAGAACGAGAAAUGC